AUGAACUCGCACAACCAACAGAACGCGCCCGCCUGGGACUUCAUGCAGUUUCUCGACCCCUCGUCGCGCGCCCCCGGCCAGGGCGUCGACCACCAAGCCCCUAUUGGCGGCCCCUGGGGUCACCACCCGCCAACGGGCUUCGGUCACCCAUGGGGCCCCGGCCAGGGGUGGGGGGGCCCGAGGCACAGGCCCGGCGCCGGCCAUCCCCACCACUGGGGCGCCGGUCGACCACGCCGCCAAGACGGGGCCCCUGAGCGGGCAGCGGCUCGCGACGACGACGAGACCCGUGAGUCGACGGCCGGGGCCAACGACGAAAAGGUCGACGGCUCGGAUCGCACCGUCAACAAUAGCGAGCCCACCGUCCCCGACCCCGCCGAGGUCACCCCGGGAGAGGACGAGGCCGACACCGACCCCGCGUCGCGCUCUCCGUGCGGACCAGGCCGUCGCGGAGGCCGCCGUGGCUGCGGGCGUUCUCGUCGCGGUUGCGGGCCUCGGGCCGGCCACUUCCACAACCCCGAUGCAUUCUCAGGCCCGUCGCCCAACUGGCCCGCCUUCCACGGCAUGAUGCACGGCAUCGUGAACCCCCUGAUCCGCGACAUCCACGAUCAGGCACGGCGCUACACCGCUGGCGCCUUCAACUUCAACGACAACGACACAAGCUUCGGCAACAACCACCACCAUCGCGACGGCAACGACCCCGCCGACGACGCCACCGCCUUCACGCCCCCCCUCGACGUCUACAACACAAAGACAUCCUACGUCGUCCAUGUCGCCCUGCCCGGCGCCCGCAAGGAGGACCUGGGCGUCGCUUGGGACCCGGACACGGCGCGCCUGCGCAUCGCCGGCGUCGUCCACCGCCCGGGCGACGAGCUCCUCCUCGCCGCCCUGGCCUCGGGCGAGCGCCGCGUCGGCCUCUUUGAGCGCCACGUCGCCCUGCCGCCCGCCGGUGCCGCCGACGAGGAUGGCGAAAGGGAUGCUGUCGACGCAGACAACAUCUCGGCCAAGAUGGACAAUGGCAUCCUCGUCGUCAUCGUGCCCAAGCUUGAGAAGGAGUGGACCCAGAUUCGACGUGUUGACAUUGAGUGA